AUGAGUAAACCUGUGGCAAUAACAAUGGCAGGACGAAGAGCAGCAAACAAUCAGAUCAGGGGGCCCCAGUCGGCUCUCACUGACUUUCUCGCCUCGAACAACAUAUCUGCUGCUCAAAUCUCUGCAGACUAUGAGCGUCGCCAGAGGGAAGCUCGACGGCAACAGGAACAGGAAUCAACCGCGAAUGGUGAAUCUAUCGACCAAAAGGACGACGAAGAGCGUGUAGAAACGGCGGCUCAGAAGAAGAAGAGAAAACGGCAGCAGGAGAAGACUCUAGCCAAGAUCAAGGAGAGCAAAGACUACAAGCGCCAAAAGAAACGCAAGGAUGAAGGCUCUGAUGGCGAGAAUGAUGAUGUUGCAUGGGACAUGUACACGAGAAGGAAGCCAUUACCUGGUCAGCUGGAGAAUUGCGAGAAUUGCGAGAAACGAUUCACUGUCACCGCAUACAGUAAGACAGGCCCAGAUGGCGGACUCCUUUGCACCAAAUGUUCGAAGGAGCAGGAAGAUCAAAAGAAAAAGGAUCAGAAGUCGAAGAAACAGGCUGUGAGUCGAGACAAACGUCGACAUGUCCAGAGCAAUCUUUUGGAUGGUAUUGUGCAGAUUGGUUCCAGGACACUACAGGAGCUCUGCAUUAAGGAAGUUGCAAACAACAUCCACGAAGUCGAAGAAUUCGGUGACCUGCCGCAAUCUCUACUGAAUCGCUUAAGCCAAAUCCUAUCCAGGAGACGUGUUAUUACGUCCCGAACCCUUGAGCUUUUCCUUCGUCCCGAUCUUGAGACUAUAGAUAUCUAUGACUGUGGCAAACUUGAGACCGAGGAUUACAUCAAAAUAUUCUCGGUGGUUCCAAAAGUACAGAAUCUUAAUCUCCGAAACGCCGGGCAAUUCAAAGACGAGGUUGUCGACUAUAUCAUCGAGCGUAAUGUUCCCCUUAGAAUUUUACAGCUUGAGGCAGCGAACCUAGUGUCCAAUGGGAAGUGGGCAGAAUUCUUCGAGAAUUGUGGGCUUCGGCUCGAAACUCUCAAGUUGUCUUGGCUCGAUUACUCCAUGGAUGAAGAUACUUUCAUGUGUCUGAUCCGCCACUGUCCUAACAUCAAACGCUUGAAGAUGAAGAAAUGCUUCCGGCUUGGGGACGUCGCCCUUGGUGUUAUGACCGAGUUGAGGCAACUGGAGCAUGUGUCUCUUCGCUUUCCAACGGCAACUACCCCGGGUGUCCUUGCCGAUCUUAUAUCAUCUGUCGGUCCAGGCCUUCGUACACUUUCUCUCGAAGGGUUCAGCGAUGCCGAUGACGACGCUUUGUCCAUGAUUCAUUCCAAUUGCACCCAGCUAAGCAAAUUACGAUUUACCGAGAACGAUUGUUGUACCGACGUUGGGUUCGCAUCUCUCUUUACCAAUUGGUCAAAUCCGGCCCUUGCCUUCAUCGACUUUUCCAGCAACCGUUCUGUCGAUUAUGCAGUACCUGACGGUCCCGAAGAUCCCGUCGGACUCGCAUCUGGGGGUUUUGAGGCGUUAAUUAGACAUUCUGGGUCCCGUCUCGAACGGUUAGAUAUCAGCUCAUGCCGUCACAUCACCUAUGAAAGCUUUUCUAGAGUAUUCGAUGGCAAGCAACAGUACCCCGUCCUCAAGGACAUCAACAUCUCAUUCUUAACGAAGAUUGAUACCUCGAUAGUCGCUGGAAUGUUCAGAAGCUGCCCGGAGCUGAUCAAGGUUACAGCGUUUGGAUGUUUCAAUGUGACCGAAGUGGCAGUACCGAAAGGGGUAGCUCUCAUUGGAGUGCCGAAUGCACAAGACGCGAUCGUACAGGAAGGCGAAGUUGACGCUGAUGUUUGGAAUGGCCUCACAAUGUGA